GAUGGUGAUGGUGAGCUGAACUCAUCCGACUUGCAAAAGGCCUUAGACAACGAGGAGUUUGUGGAGAUCCUCAGACUCCUGGAGGUGCCUGUGAUGAAUGCCGAGAAUUUGAUGCGGCUUUUUGACCGCGUGGGGCGCGGGCACGUGAGCUUCGGGGAGUUGGUCGAAGGCAUCACGUCCAUGCUCGAGGAUAUCAAUCCCAAAGACUAUACGAAGCUGGCGCUCUGGUCUGACAGUUUGAUGAAGCGGAUGGAAAUGCUGGAGCAGCGCUGCAACUUUCUGGCAAACAUGGUCAUCGACUUGAGGCGGCAGAUAGAGGAAUGCUUCAACUGCUUGGCACUUUUCAUUGACUCACGGGAAAACACUGAGCUCUACUACCGAGCUUUGAAAGCUAUCCGUUCCGCACCACCUCCCGUGCCGGUUGAUAUUCGAGAAGCCCUGGGCCUCGAGGUCAAGAAAGAGAAGUUGUCCGAGAACGAGGCGGAGGCGCUGAUGAACUUUGCCCGGCGCUACAUUGCACCCAAGCAACAUGCGAAGAAAAAGGACAUCCAAGAUGACUCUCCCGGGGGAUCUCCCAGGUCUCCUUCGCCAAAGAGCUCUUGGCACAGCGGACUGCGCGUGGCU